CGGGAAAGGAAGGCACCUGGGGGUCGAUGCCUCGCGGCGAUUGGCUGAGGGGCGGGGGAGCCGCGGCACGAGAUUGGCUGCUCGGGAAGAGGCCGGGCGGGGCGCGGCGGGGCUAGUGCGGCAGCCAGUGCGGAGAGGGGAGCUGCUGAGCGCCG